AUGACGAUUCUCCAAAUGCUGCGAGCCUCGUUCGAUGUAUGCAAGUCAUUGCCCAGAGUUUCUUCAUCCAUACGUUUCUUCUCAGUCAGCCAGGCGGCGUGUGAGCCUUCACGAAAAGAUCUCAACGCAAAGCUCAUGAAGCGGAGAGAAACAAACCGUCGCGCAUCAAAAUCUAGUAGUUUCAGGUGUCAGAUAGAUCCAGAGUAUCGCAGACACGAAAGAGCGAGGGGUUUGGAGGCAGAACGCAGAUACACCCAGAAUCCCGAACAUCGAGAAGCCAUUAGGUCGAGGAAAAGGGAGGCGUAUAUUCGGCACAAGAAUAGAAAUCCUCAUUUCUAUACCAAACAUAGGCUGCGUGAAUGGUUGCAUAAGCAUGCUUGGGUAAGAGACGAACUUGACUGGAAGGCUCACAAGCCUGUUGUGUCCCCUGUCAAAGUGGCCAGGACCUGUGCGAGCUGCAACAUCGAGCAGUAUGGAGGGUUUCAGUUGUGGUGGUCCUGUACCAUUCUUCACACAAGAACUGUGCUGAUUUCGUUUCUUGGUGGACAGCAACGCAAGUACGACCCGUCUCUCUUCGACUGCACGACUUGUUACUUUGGCCCCGGCCCCGAUCCUCGACAGGCUUGGCCAAGAGGUUGUGAGGAUGUCACAACGCUUCGAGAAUUGCGUAUCCGCAAACAGGAACUGGAUCUUGGAUUGGACCCUGGAUCCUUGUCACAGACAAAGUCGUCUGAUGUCAAAGACAUUCAGUCUUGA